GCUCUGUAGUUUCCCUCCACGACUUUUUCUCGCAGUGCGUGGGUCCGUGCGCGCGCAUGUGACAUCACUAGUGGGAUUGGCUGACUGGGGUGGAGAGUCUCCUCCACUGGCUUCAGAGGGACAAGGAGAAGAGAGGAGUUUCCAUCAGCCACGCAGCUCAGAGCAGGACCACUUCCAUUCACCGUGAACCACGCCCGGGGAGACCGGGGAGACUAUGACCCCCACCUCCAAGUGUCCAAACUCCUGUUAUGGAAGGAGGGAUGGACUGUGAAGAGGAGUUUUAGAUUACAGUUUGGCGAGAUGAAGUUUGGGAAGAGUAUCUGCGUGCUCAACGUAGGGGGAACCCGGUACGCCUUCACCCGCGAGGUGAUCAGGGAUUUCCCUCUCCGGCGCGUCAGUCGCCUGCAUGCCUGUGCCAGCGAGAAAGAGGUCCUGGAACUGUGCGACGACUACGACCGGGACCGGAAUGAGUUCUUCUUCGACCGCCACGCGCAGGCUUUCGUGUUCAUUAUGCUGUAUGUGCGCUCUGGUAAACUCCGGUUUGUCCCUGGAGUGUGUGAACUCUCCUUCUACACAGAGAUGCUCUACUGGGGACUGGAGAGCGCGCACUUGGACUCCUGCUGCCAGAAACGCCUGGAUGACAGGAUGUCCGAGAUCGGACUGGACACUUUGUCCGAGGGGGAGAUCGGAGUGUCCGGGGAUGAUUCCCAGAGCCAGAGUGACUCAGUGCAGCGCAGUGCGCUCACAGGUCGAGCUAAAUGGAUGGAGAAGAUGCGCAAGACAUUUGAGGAGCCAAACUCUUCAAUUGUGGCGCAGCUUUUGGCUUCUGUGUCCGUGAUCUUUGUGAUUAUUUCUAUGAUAAUGUUGUGCGCCAGCACCCUGCCGGACUGGGACACAGCCAAGAGAAACACUGUGGAGGAGCACAGGAUCGUGGAGGCAGUGUGCAUUGGCUGGUUCACAGCAGAGUGCAUAGUGCGCUUUCUGGUAGCCAGAGACAAGUGGGACUUCCUCCGCCAUCCACUAAACAUCAUCGAUGUGAUCGCCAUUACCCCCUACUAUGUUACCAUGGCAAUGGCCCGGGCAGGGAUGCCCGGUGCUGGGCUUGGGGUUGCUGGGGUGAUACUGCGUGUGCUGAGGAUGAUGCGCGUGUUUUGGCUCAUGAAGCUGGCCAGACACUUCCUGGGCCUGCAGACACUGGGGCUCACACUCACGCGCUGCUACAGGGAGAUGGUCAUGUUGAUGGUGUUUGUCUGCGUUGCCAUGGCAAUAUACAGUGCUCUGGCCCAGCUGCUGGAGCACGGCUUGGACUUGGGCACGCAGAACCCUGAUUACGCCAGCAUCCCGGCCGCCGCCUGGUGGGUCAUCAUCUCCAUGACGACAGUGGGAUACGGAGACGUGUACCCUGUGACAGUUGGAGGACGAGUGCUUGGGGGAAUGUGUGUGGUGAGUGGCAUUGUGCUCUUAGCACUGCCCAUCACAUUCAUCUACCACAGUUUUGUGCAGUGCUACCAUGAACUCAAAUUCCGUUCUGCCAGAUGUGCACGCAGCCUGUCCACAGAGAUUCUACAGCAAUAAAAUAAGAUUGACGCCCAUCACCCGUGGCUCUGCCGUCAUCAGAGAGAAACUUAACAAACCAGUAAAUCUGCCGCGCCUAUUGUGAAUAACGAUCAAAUUUGACCCCUGCUCUUGUUUCCUGCCUGAGUCCCACGUGAUUUUGUUUGGUUUGAUGAGUUCCUGUGUGUUUUCUUUCAGUUGUUGUCGUUAACCUGCACACCUGUCUCCUUAACCACAUGAUUUGAACAGAAGAAUAGGAGCACACAAAUAAUUAUUUAUUAAACACACUGGCACAGUCAGUCCAGUUUUGACAGUGACUACUGUUUACACUGUAUUCCCAUGGUUACCACUCCUGUGUGUGCUGCAGUGAGUGCGUGUGUGCGUGUGCGUGUGUGUGUGUGUGUUAGUCUGGCCAUCAGCCGUUCACUUUGUCUAAGCUUUGCACCCAGAUGGUACAAGUUACACAAUUAUUGAUGUGUGACCUAGAUGCAUUCUGUUAAACCUGGGAAAUAAAAUGAAAGAUUGAGCAUGUGAGUGCAAUGUGGGAAUGGAGAAGGGGGGUGUACACGUGGCUUAUGUUGUCUGAGUAGCUUAAGCCAGUGAAAAUUAAACAUGGACACGGGUCAACAAGGCCUACAAGGUGAGAGACAAACACAUGGACAGCAGAUACGACAAGGCAGAUUGGGUGUGAAAUUGUGUGGUCAAAGAUUGUGGAACAAAAAUGACAGAAUGUGGAACAGGCCUGAGCACAAGCUAAAUAGCAGGAGAAAGUAUUGCGUCUCCAUUAUCAGCAAAUGAAAGGCAUUUUGUAUUUCUUUGUCUCCAAGGCAACCUCAUCCUCCAACAUGUCAAUCAUAAUGGUGGUGGAUUUCUGUGCACACAAAUAAGCCAGAUCCCGUGAUUAUUAUCCUGCAACCCUUCUUGUUGGCAUGCAGCCCUCUUAUCCCGUGAUUAUUAUUGGAAGUAAGCUGUCAUAAAUACCUACUUUAAUAAAAACAGACAGUCACGUGGAGGGGAGGGAAAAAAGAACAGCAUGGCCUAUCACAGAUGAUGGUUCUGACAUUCAUGAUUCAGACAGGUUUGCAAUGGCCUUGGUUUGCCAAGAUGAUGUGAUUUGUUGAAGAGACACAUGAUCCAAACAAACAAGUCAACACCUCUCCCACACAACAGUCUUUCUCUGUAUCUCCUCUCCUCUUCAUCCUGUUACCAUCAACCUUCCGCUUUUAACACACACACACAGGUUGGUGCAGCCACUCUUUUUAGGGCACAGCAUUGAUUUCCAUUCAUGAGGACAGCCGAAACAAAGUGUAAUACCUAACACUGACCAUUACCUGUCCUCAACCAAACCACAAUUCAAAUCUUAGCCUUUAACUUAACCAGUCGCUCAGAAAUUAAGUUCUACCUCAUUAGGACCAGGUGUAUGCUGGCCCAAACAAGGUCAUAAUUUAUCCCAGAGAAGGUCCUAAAGAAGUAACAAUUAUAAGAACACACACUCACACAAACAAAAGAAAGACAAACCUUGUCUCUCUGUCCUUAAACUUAAGGUCUGCAUUUGUUAUUUAUUUGUAAACUCUUUGGCCUUGUAUGGGUUAACAGUGUAUUGUAUACAGUACAUAUUCCAAUAUCCUUGUUGUGUUGUCGAUGUGUUUUAAGUACAGUUACUGUCAGAAACACGAAAGAUUAUAUGAUAUAUGAUGUUCAACUCAUUUGGGUUUUUUUUCACAAAGUCUCUCACCCAAUGAAUUUUGGCCAAACCUGACUGAAAACAUCCAAACCUUUUCAUCAGUAGAUUGUGUUAUUAACUUGAUCAAUGUAUGAGGUUCUGUAAUAAAAUGACUCUGUAAAUGUCUGAAUGUGUUAUCACAGAGUACAAACCAAAUGCUAAUAUUUGUGUUAUAGGACUCAAUUAACUGUUCAAGUGUUGGAGUGUUUUUGUAUCAUUUAUCACAAGCCUAAAAUAUUUUCUUUUUUCUUUUCCUUUUUUCAAAGAUGUGAUUGACGCACAAGGCAUUUUCACCACAUCACCAUUCAGAUCAUUCAGUCUUGACAUGGUGACAUGUAGUUUACACCUCUGGACCUUCAGUGUGAGGAACACCUGAGUCCAUUGGGAAAGGCAUUCAGUGAACAUGUUUAAUGGGCUGUACAUCUAGAUAAUAAACACUCAGUAUUACAUUUAACUUAAGAAUUAAGAUAAGAUAGAAAAAAUACACACAUGGUCUCAAAUUGGGGAAAAACACAGCCCCAACACAGUUUUCAUUUGAGGCAACUAUGGGGCCAUCUGCAUUUUUUAUUUUUUCUCAAAUCAUGGGUUGGGGUUUUGUUAUGUAUUCAUUGAACACAUUGAAAUGUUCUUAUGAUGAAUUUUACCUUCAUUAUCUCUAUAUGAGAGUAGUUCAUUUGUAGUUUGAGGUGCAUUUUUGUGGGGAUAUUCAUGUCUUUCAAUUAAGAGUACGCCAUUUAAAAUAAUAAGAUGAAUCUAACUAAAUUCAGGAAAUCGCAGUGGAGUGCAAAUUGCAUCACAUCACUCUGAAAUGUUGACAAGAAGUAAAAUGAUAAUGAAAUUCUUAUACGUGCUUCAAAAUUGUACUUGAGUACACAGGUGACACCGUCAAUAUUGUAUUUUUCUUUCAGCAUUUAUGGCACAUUCACAAAGCCAAAAACACAUAAAUCAUAUUUUCUAAAUGACACUGGCAGAAAGUGCAGUUCAAAUAUGGGGUUUUAUUCCCCCAGAUAGUUUUGGUUUAGUUUGCAAAUUUAGUACACUAAUUAAAUUUACUCAGGCACUUUGCUUUUACAAUUUUUUUCCCCUUCCAUUGGGAAUUUGUAGCACCUUUUAAAAAGAAGAACUAUUCCAAACUUAUAAAAUAAACAAUCUUCUUCUUCUUAAAUUGUAUACCAGCAGUUUUCAACUAUCUUGGUUUAUGAAAUCGAACAGAAAAGCAGUGUUCACUUGAGAACUGUCUCAAGUUUUGAUUGCCUAAAAUAUGUCAGCUGGUCCAACAAAACCAGAUGUCCCUUUUUUAAACAUUGCAGAUAAUAAAUUGUUCAGGUAUAUACUGGAUAAUUUUGUGGAUGCAGAUAACAGCACAUUUGUAAACACAAACCAGACCCACAUAUUUGUAGAAUUGUCAAAAUAUUUGGACUUUGGGAUAAAGUAGGGCUUUAAACAUUAAGAAUCCUGAGCUUUUCAUUUUCCUCCAGUAUCUUCACAGUUUCCAGUGGAGUUCUGUGUGACUGUGAAAAAUAAAAAUCUUCUACCACCUGAAGAUUUUUAUUUUUAGAAGCUAUUAUUACAGUAUGUGGUGCUUAACCCACCUAGCUUUUAUAGCCUCUGACUCUUCAUUCCAUAGAAAAGACGACUUUCUUCAGUCGGCAAAUGUGACUUAAUAUAUACAGUAUUUUUACAUUUAUCGUUUGUAACAUUGGGCAGUGUUGUGUAAUCCGCUGCAUAAUGUACUAUUACUGUACCUGUAUAUUUGUACAUCUGAUGUUUGCUGAGCCCUCCUGUGUUUUUUUCCACCUGUGUUUGUUA